CGAGCGGGUCAUUAUUUGGCAGGAAGUUAGCUGAAGCUAGCUCAUAACCAAUAAUGAAGACACUGAGGAGCAUUUAGCUGCCUUUUAACGCUCCUUAAAGAAGAACAAAGUUUUUCACUUGUAUUUGAAGGCACAGUCCAAGGCAGCCAUGUCUUCAGCAGUGGACCUGAAGACCAAGGAGGAGAAAGAUGCAGAGUUGGACAAACGAAUUGAAGCUCUGAGGAAGAAGAACGAAGCUCUGGUGAAGAGGUACCAGGAAAUUGAGGAAGACAAGAAGAAGGCGGAGCAGGAAGGCAUCGCCGUGACGACGCCCCGGAAACCCCGGACACACGAGCCGGAAGCGGACAGGAGGAAGACGGAGAAGGAGAACCUGACGGUCACAGUGGAUCUGUCCAAACCGGCAGGGCAGGACAAGAGAGUUGUGAACGACUGGAAGCCCAGCACGCCUCAUGGCCGGAAGAAGUCAGAGGAGAGCGACAGUCCUAAAGGUCAGAGCGAUGGCCGCAGCCCCCCCAGGAGGACGGGGUCGGGCAGAGUGGGCCGAGGCGGUCAAAGAGGAGGAGGAGGAGGAGGAGGAGGAGGAGGAGGAGGAGGACGCCAAGAGAGGAGGGACUGGGAGACCAGAACUCCCAGGGAGGGAGAGUCUGCUGAGCCAGGCGGCCAGGGAUGGAGAGGAGGAAGACGAGGAGGAAGAGGUGCGAGAGGAGGAGGAGGAGGAGUUAGAGAAGGAGGAGCAGGGAGUGGAAGUGGAGAGGAAGGUACACCAGGAGGAAUGGACAGAAAGUCAAAGGAGUGGGAGGAGAAAAGGCGGCAGAACAUUGAGAAGAUGAAUGAGGAAAUGGAGAGGAUAGCAGAGUACGAACGAGGACAGAGGGUGGAUGGAGACAAGCCAAUCCGUAAUUUUCUGGAUGACCCAAGGCGUUCGGGUCCGGCUCCAGACAUUGACCGGAAAGAAGGCAGCAGGAGACACGUCCGGAACUGGGGAGGGCUGGACUUUGACAACGUGAAAACAGGACACGAACUGGAGCGAGAGUGGACCAGUCGGCGGCCGGGCCCGAAAGGCGGUUCUGUGGACAUGACGAUGUCGAUGACCGGCCGCGAGAGAGCAGAGUACCUCCGCUGGAAGAAGGAGCGCGAGCAGAUCGAUGAGGAGAGACUGGCACGUCACCGAAACGCCACGGGCCAGUGGAGGCGGGAGUGGGACGCGCAGAAGACUGACGGCAUGUUCAAGGAGGAUCCAAAUGUGGCAGCAGAGGGAGUAACAGCAGAGGAAGGUGGCAGGAGAGACGACAGCAAGCGGCCUCCUAGAGGACCAACAUUUGGCGACUUCCUGUCCCAGGGCAGAAGCCAGGGGCCCCGCGGGGACCGGAGCAGAGGAAGGGGCCGAGGACAGAGACAGAGCUACAGCAUGCACGACAAUCGCUGGGAAGGAGAGAAAGAAGAAGAAGAGAAGGAAAAGGAGGACAAGACGAAGAAAGAGGUAAAAACUACAUCAACGAAAACAAAGAAAGAAGAAGAAGAAAAACCCAAAGCUGAAACAGAAGAGCCGAAGGUGGAAGAGAAAAAAGAAGACGAGGCAGGAGACGAUGAUGAUGAGUGGGAGGACGCCAGUGAAGAGGAGGAAGCUGGAGACAGAAGCGACUCGGAGAAAAAAGACAAAAGCAAAGCCGUCUCUCCUCCGUCGGCCAAACAACGUUUGCAGGAGAAAAUGGCGGGAAGCCCGAAGGAGCAGCGGGCGCCGAGGCCGAAGGUCCGAAUCCCUCCUCCUCCUGCGGCGGCGGCCCAGGAGUCAUCAGACGGGGGGAAGCCCCUCAGCCCGUUCUUCACACUGGAGGGUCAUCACCCGGUGUCAGACUGGGGCGAGGAGAUGGAGAUGCAGUCGCCACGGAGCAGCAUGGGGGCGGAGAGCCCGCUGAAGCCCUCCAGCACCGAGUCCAGCCCGCCGCAGAAAAAGGAGAGCCAAGAUGGCGACGCCGGCGAACCGGGCCCACCCACGGAUGAAUCUGCUCCUGCGGCGGACACACAGGAGAACAUCACGGAGUCAGAACCGCAACAGACCGCCUCAGAACCUCCAUCUGAAGGUUCAGACCUCGCGCCGUCCUCUGCUGCUCCUGAGGUCAAUGAGGUUGCCGUGACGACCAACCAGAAUCCACUUCCUGCUCCAUCAGAAGAGGGUCAGUCGGACCCUCCCCGUCCCGCUGAGUCCAUUAACGGCGAACAGAUUUCCUCCGACGCGCCGGUAGAGAAAGACGACAACAUGGCGCCCGCUGGGAGCGACGACGCCCCGGCAGCCGAAGCCGAAGCCGAACUUUCCUCGGAUCAGACGUCAUCAGGUUGAGACGGACAGGAGAGGGAGCGAAACAUUGGCGGCACCGAGGUUUACAUCUAAAUAUGACUUUAAUCAUCAUCAUCACGAGGAAGAGGAGUGACGGAGCUUUACAAGCAUGGACCAACCGGUCGCUCUCAGCUGGUUUUACGACUUUGGAUCAUUCUGAUCCACCGAAGCAUCGUUGGUGACAUCUCCAUCUGUUUCUUCAGUUUUCUGAAUGUUUUAAUCUCACUGGAAACGAAGGAUUUCUUCCUCCAAUGAGAGAUAAACCAGAUGUCAACCUAAAGUCUGGAUGUGGCUUGUUGAAACAGAUCUACAAAAAAAUCUGUUUUUUCACAUUUAUUACAUGAAAUCAUGGCUUGAAAUCUACAAUUUUUAAUUACUCUUGUUUUUUUCUCACUUCAAAGUUAUUUGAUGAACUGAAAUCUGUAAAAAGGGGCAUUUAGCAUCUUUUAGCACCUUUUCUGUUCAUAUAAUAUAAUCUAGUUGGGGUCAAAACUCAUUUUCAGCGAAGUAAGUUAAAUUCAGAUUUUUAGAUUAGAAAUUACCAGAUUAUGCUACAUAAUUCACAAUUUUGCAGAAUAGACUGGCUUGGUGACAACAUGAAGUCACCUGCAGCCGCUAGCGAUGCUAAGCUAGUUGAUUCAAAGCUUCGCUCUCAGGUUAAAGCGUAAUUGCUGGUUUUAAAUCCACCUGGAGGAUGUGAGUAAAGGGGAUCUGACUCUUUAAUCCCAUGUUGUAAAUAAGAUGAGAGCAGAUACAGUGAUUGGAAGGAUUUGAAUGUAAACGAUGCAGUAAACUGAUAGAAACACUUCAUGGAGACAACAUGGCGUCUGAGGCCCUGUUUACACAACAAUGAUCCAACGAAAAUUGAAUUUUUGUUCCGUUUCUGUAAACACAUUUACAUGAAGACGUUCUAAUUACAAUCUUUGUUUACACAGCAACGGUACCCAUCGUAAAGGUGUAAUGCUCUCGCCACGCCACUAGUUGGUGCUAAGUUCUUUGAAACUACUGCAUGUGUUUAAAAAAGAAAGUUAUACUUCAAAGCACGUCGAUUCGCGUUUCCCCAUCAGGUACCGCUCCCCCAGAUAUUGGGGGGAAAACACGCACUGUGUGUGUCUGAUCAGGACGCAGUUGGAAACAAGUGGGAUAACUUUGCUGAAACAUGAUGUUUGAGCUUUCACGGUGUCCGUUGUUCUCUAGAUUAGAGCGCUGAACAAGUGAGUGCUUGUUAUGAUCGCUGAACAAGCACACGUGUAUUUUGCCCCCUUGGCGGUGCGGAGAGACGCUGGAAGAACCGUAUCUGAUGGGGAAACACGAAUUGUAGUAACACCAGCAUUGUCAGUAGUUUCUUCUUCUGUGGAUUGUAGGAAGCAGCUAUGUUUUGCGUCAGACUAUGCAUGAGCUAGGGAUUCCCUGAAAGAAAAGAUCCAUUUAUUCUGUUUACAAGACAACGGACACCGGAACAUUUUAGAACCAUUGCACUCUGGAACCCGUUCUCAAUCUGUGCCGUUGUCAGAGGAAACAUUCGGUGGUUUUGUGUAAAUGUGCAGCACAAACACAUCAAAACUUCCAUUUUCACCAGAAACUGUUGUUGUGUAAACAGGGCCCGAGUCUGAAAUGCUGAUUUUUAUGUUGCUUGGAUUUAAAUCAUAAAGUCUGUUUUUACUACAUCAUGUAACAAACACAAGUUUGUUUGUUUUUUUAAUUAAAUGUUGCAUCAUAUCAAAUCAUGUUUUUAAUUUUUGAACAAUCGUGUGUUUUGCUUUAAACCAGCUCCUCUUUUCUCUUCAUCCAUGAAUUAUGUCUGAGUUUGUUGCCACAGCGACGCAAAGAACAACACUGCCUCUGAUGCUAAAAGUUUGUUUUUAUACUUUUAAGUUACCUUAAAAUGAUGUAUUGUUCGGAUGCAGUAUGUGUGUUUUGUCUCUCCCCUCAUACCUCAGCAGACCAAGAGGGUUUUUAUUUGGUUUGUUUGAGUUUUUCCUUGUCUGUAAAUGGCGUUUUAUCCAAGCGGCUGUGUGGCGUUUGAGGACAAAACGACAAACUGAUUGCUUUAAAGUCUUUGUGUCCGGGAUCUGAUGAAUAAAAAUCAUGAAUUUGGGUUCAAAGA